AUGGCUACCUCUGCCACUACUCCCUGUCCCCUCCACCCCUUCCCACCCCCCUCCAAAGUCCUAGCGUUCACUUGGGCAGGCUAUUACACCGAUGACAGGUGAUUCCCCCUCGUGAUCUCACUGUCCGACCCGAACUGAGGGGCAGACUCCGCGAUGAACCACAAUUCUGGCAAUGUCAGUGUCAUCUAUGGCUCGUGGAGUCUGUGUGCGUUCAAAGUGCCAAGCCAAUAAGUCUAUGAUUCCAGAGGUACUGACAGUUCGACCGUCGUUGCCGACGAUGUCCACCGUGUACUUUACGGCAGGCACAGUGUCUUGUGCGUGGGCUAGUUUAUAGUGGUAGUAGACUUGCACAGUAUCCAUCGCACUCUCUCAUCCCCCAUCUGGACCCGGUGUCAAGACAGAGUCAAAAAGACCAGAGGCAGGAGAGGGCGCAGGCGGAUGGCACGGUCGAGUCCCCACCUUGGCGUCCCACUCCACACACCCUGGUCAAUACGGCAAAUGACCAGGUUUUGACCAACAACAAAAAUGGGGGGAGGGGCUGCAGGGGUCCCAGUGAGCGCGACGUCUGCCGGCAACCGAACCUGCCACCGCACUCCGAAAUGUUGGCAUUUGUUAUGGUGCGCAAAUCCGAUAACGCCUGCCAGAAUCCUAUAUGGCCCCUGUGUUAGCCCAGUGCAUCUACCACGUGGCCCGUUUUGGGGGCACGGUUCCAGGGGUAGCGUCCUUCUCUCAGUUAACUGAGAGAGAGAGAGAGAGAAAGGGAAAGAGGAUGCGCUUUUAUAAAAUAUAACAUAAUAAUUAGGAAUGGACACACACCGAGGCGAACAAGCUCCAUAUAGGUGGUGCCGUUCGGGUCUAUCGUUGCAGUGCCGUCCAUUUUAUUUAACUGAAAAUUGACCAAAAAUAAGGAAGAAGAAGAAGAAGAAGAAGAAGAAGAAGAAGAAGAAGAAGAAGAAGAAGAAGAAGAAGAAGGAAGAGGAGGAGGAGGAGGAGGAGGAGGAGGAGGAGGACAGAGUGCGACAGAUGCUUCGUAAGUCCACUCUCACUAUAAACUAA